GUUUGAUACACAGUUUUUGAAGAGGUGAAAAACAAUGUAAACAUUUAGACUGCAUGAACUGUUUUUAAAUAAAGAUUUAACACUUUGAAACAUGACGAAGACAAAAAAAACUUGACUCCACCUUUGGUGAGAAUGAAGAAAUGACAUCUGAGGAAACGGAAAGUUAAAUGACUUUGCUGAACUGAACUCAGACGCCACUGAAGGUCUUUAAAUCUCUGCAGGAAAAACAAAGAUUUGUGGAAUAUUUUCAUCCUGAACUUCAAGACAGAAGCUGGUGAGUCUGAAAGACUUUGGUCAGAAAUGGCUGAGAGAGCUGCUCUUCUUGAAUCCUACCUGAAGUGUCACGUUUGUUCAGAGACUUUCAAUGAUCCUGUAACUCUGAGCUGCAACCACAACAUCUGUUGGAGCUGCCUGCAGAAGUUCUGGGAACAAACUCAGAACAAAAACUGUCCCAUCUGUAAAAGAAAAUCUUCUAAAGAUCAUCCUGCUGUGAACCUUUGCCUGAAGGAACUUGCUGACUCGUUUGCUGGAAGACAGAAAUCUGAAUCAUCAGAGACAAAAACAGGAGAGCAGAAGUUCAUGGAGGUCUGCAGGAAACAUCCAGGAGAAUCCAAACUGUUCUGUAAAGACGAGCAGAGAGCUUUUUGUCCUGUCUGUGAGUUUUCUCAGCACCAGAGUCACAAAGUGGUUCCUGUAGAAGAAGCAGUCAGAGAGCUGAAGGAGGAGCUGAAAUCUGACUUAAAGUCUCUGCAGGACAAGAAGAUCAAAUACAAAACAAUGGAGAAAACAUACAAUCAGAUGAUUCAACACUCCAAGAAGCAGCUGCUGUGCACAGAGACACAGAUCAGAGCAGAGUUCAACAAGCUCCAGCAGUUCCUGAAGGAGGAAGAGGAGUCCAGACUGGCAGCUCUGAGGGAGGAAGAGGAGCAGAAGAGGAAGACUGUGAUGGGAGAGAUGAAGAGGAUCCAGGAGCAGAUGUCCUCUCUGUCAGAAAGUAUCAGUGCUGUUGAAGCAGAGCUGCAGAAAGACAAGGAGGCGUUCCUCAGCAGUUGGAAAGACACUCAGAGCAGAGCCAGAGCCCAGAGCUCGCUGUCAGACCCACAGCUGCUCUCAGGAGCUCUGAUAGAUGUGGCCAAACAUGUGGGCAACCUGUCCUUCAGAGUCUGGGAGAAGAUGAAGGAGAAGGUCCACUUCAGUCCGGUCCUCCUGGACCCAAACUCUGCAAGCAGAUAUCUUUAUCUGUCUGAUGAUCUGACCAGUGUGAGAUUUGGAGAAACUUCUCAGCAGCUUCCUAACAAUCCAGAGAGAAACAUGUAUUUUGUUUCUGUUUUUGGCUCUGAGGGAUUCAGAUCAGGGAAACACAGCUGGGAGGUGGAGGUGGGAGAUCAUCCUCACUGGAACAUUGGUGUGACUAAAGAGUCUGUUAAGAGGAAGGGAGAGAGUUCUAUUUCACCAAAAGAUGGAAUCUGGUGUUUAGAUCUUGAGAAUGGAAAAUACACAAACGGUGAUGGUCAGACUGUCACUGUGACCAAGAGUCUCCAGAAGAUCAGAGUCCAGCUGGACUAUGACAGGGGGGAGGUGUCCUUCUACAACCCUGAAGACAUGACUCACAUCUACACUUACAAAGACACUUUCACUGAGAAACUUUACCCGUAUUUCAAUAUUGGAGAAUCUGGAGACGCAAAAACCUCUAAACUCCAAAUCUGUCCGACUGAUUGAGAUGAUUUAACUCUUUUGUCAUUAAAAAAUAAAAAUUGAUCAAACGCUCUGAUGUUCUUUUAGCAGAAAAUUUGUAUUUUUGUGUAUAAAACCUUUAACCCUAAAAUAUUAUUUUAAAACUCUGAUUUGUUCAUUUAAAAAAUUUGUUCAGAUCUUGUGCGUUCCACUCCCAACAUUAACGUGGAUUGGAUUGCAGGAAAGCUGAAAUCACAAAUGUUGAUUCCAUUUCUGUUUUCUUUGUUCUUUAGUGUCUCAAAUAUUUUGUAUCUGAAUUUGAUUUUCACUGCAGCAUCUCUAAAAUGUUCAAUGAUAAGUUUCUGCUGUUUCUGUUCAAGUAAAUGUGAAGCAGCUGUUAAAUCUCCUUCAUGAGUCAGAAAUUAAUAGUGUUUCAGACAAAAACUGUUCAGUUAAUGUUUUUCUCAGGUUCAGGAAGAAGAAACGGAUCAGAAGAAGUUUUUCAUGUUGGAUGAUGGUUUCAAAUAGAUUCAAGUUUCUGUGAUUUAUUUGAUUUCUGUCAGAAUUUAAAAGGCUCAAAGUAAAAAAAAUGUUUUUUAUUGUCUUCACAUCAAAGCAUAAUACUACAUUGAUUUAAACUUUAAAAAAGUUUUAAUGGUAGAUAUUCUUUAAGCAGCUUAACUCUUUAGGUCUUUUUGUAAUUGAAUUGUUGAAUUUUUGAAUUAACCCACCUCCAUGAUCAAAAUAUGAAAUGAAUUAAAUGAGGAGAGCAAUAAUAUGAUGAACACACAUUUGACCUGAAUUCAUUUUUUUUUAAAUGAAUACAAUCAGGAAAUUGUUAUUUUA